UAAGCAACGUUAACUGGCUGCUAUUUCUCUCAAGUUCUUAGGGCAGGCAGAACAAGAUGGGGGUUAUAUCCGAUAGGUAUCCGAUGCUUAAUUCUAUGCAUGUGUGAUAGUUUUCCUACGCUAGCAAUAAUUUAGCUAGAGUUUUCGAAUUCUUAUAUUAUAUUCGUACCUACGAAGUACGUAAACCUCAAAAUCGGGAAACUCGGUAUCGUAUAUCAUGGUAUUGUACAGUGUUGUGGAAGCGGGUGCACCCUUCCUGCUUUCACAAGGCUUAAGUCCUAAAUAGGUGGGGUAAGGUUAGGCAGUGGGGCUUGCCUCAUGCUACUAUCGGAACUUGGAAGUCGUGAAGACCGAUAAAACGGAAAAGCUUACCUAACCCAUUAUUUAGAUUAACUAGCUCUAGAUUAAGAGCUUACAAGAUGCAGCGCCGGGAAUUUUUGGAGCUGUUCGCAGCCUCAUCACAGCCUCGCCUAGAUACCGUGUUUCUUGAACCGGUCGAGUUUCUUAUUGGUAGAAGCUCUAGUAGAACCCGAUAUAACAUUUAAUCAACAACUACGUCUAGCUUUUCGGGUUUUAUACAGUUUUUCCAUCGAGUCGUUCCUUGGCAGCAACUUCGCAAUACACGCGUCUACAAAAUGGCUGAAGUAAAUAACAAGAGAAGUCACUCUGACUUCGCUGAAAACAAUGGCGACGGUAGCUCCUCAGAUGAUGAUAUAGGACCCCAGUUGCCCUCUACAGCAAGUGCACCCAAGAAGAAACGACGCGUUCUACCACACGAAAAGCUCUAUAUCGAAGCACUACCUAAGUCAGCACGCUACUCGAAAUCUCUUAUGCACAAGGAGCAGUUAGCUUUUAUGAACGUCACGCGAUCUGAUUUUCUCAUUACAACAUCUGUGGACGGAGUAGUCAAGUUCUGGAAGAAAGUUGAGCAAGGAAUUGAGUUCAUUAAAGAGUUUAAGGCUCACCAGGGCGAAGUACGGUCGGUCUCAGUUAGCCAUGACGGGCGGAGCUUUGCGACAGCCGGCAUCGACAAAACUGUCAAGAUUUUUGAUGUCAUCACUUUCGACCUUCUCGCCAUGCUUCCUCUAGACUACGUCCCUAAGUGCGUCUGUUGGGUACAUAAACUCGGCGCUUCGUUACCGCUCCUAGCUGUCUCGGACGACUCAAAACCGUUGAUUUACAUAUAUGACGGGCGUGGAGAAAACCAGACACCGAUACACACUAUCAAGGGCCUACAUAGGAGUCCUGUGUCGAUAAUGGCCUUUAAUGACGCCUACGACUGUGUGGUAUCUGCCGACGACAACGGAAUGCUUGAGUACUGGUCGCCAAGCGCCAACUACGAAAAGCCGGAAAAUGUGUUCCAAUACAAGAGCUCUACCAAUCUCUUUGAUUUUAAGAAAGCGAAGUCGACGCCGGUCUCCUUAACGAUAUCACCCUCAGGUCAUCAAUUUGUCACAUUCUCUCUACCUGAUCGUAAGAUUCGAGUUUUCGAAUUUGCGUCGGCUAAGCUGUAUCGGACCUAUGACGAAUCUCUACAGGUCAUUGAAGAGAUGCAACGAGCAGGGACAUCCAUGCAAAAGCUAGAUGAUGUCGACUUUGGAAGAAGACUCGCUGCGGAGCGCGAGAUUGAAACUCCUUUGCUUCGAAAUAAGGUCAAUGUCAUUUUCGACGAAUCGGGCCACUUCAUCUUAUAUGGCUCCAUCCUCGGCGUCAAAGUGUUGAACACAUAUACUAACCAAAUUGUGAAAGUGUAUGGGAAAGAUGAACAUAUACGCCCAAUUAACCUUGCUAUAUACCAAGGGCAACCUCAGAAGAAAGGUGUUACAACUGUGGAAAUGGCUGCUUCAAGCAAUCCCCUCUUGCAAGAAUCAGAGGCGAGAGACCCGAUACUGUUCACAACGGCUGUAGGGAAGGUUCGCUUUUAUAUGUUUACGAACGAUGAAGAGAUAUCCAGAUCAGAAAGAGAUGUUCAGAACGAGAAGCCAACCAUAAUAAACCCUAAGCAAGCCACCCAGAAAAAGGCCAGCGAGACUGGCACAGCAGCCAUCCUUCGUACAACAUAUGGAGAUAUCCACAUCCGGCUCUUCCCCGACGCUGCGCCGAAGGCCGUCGAGAACUUUGUAACUCAUUCCAAAUGCGGAUAUUACAAUAAUACCAUCUUCCACAGAGUAAUACGCAAGUUCAUGAUCCAAGGAGGCGAUCCCUUGGGCGACGGUACGGGUGGUGAGAGUAUAUGGGGGAAGGAAUUUGAGGAUGAGUUCAGUACCCUCAAACACGACAAGCCUUAUACCGUCAGUAUGGCGAAUGCUGGUCCAAACACCAACGGAAGCCAGUUUUUCAUCACGACAGAGAAAACGCCAUGGCUUGAUAAUAAGCAUACGAUAUUCGGGAGGGCAGUGCAGGGAUUAGACGUGAUCCACAAGAUAGAGAACGUACGAACGUACAAGGAGAAGCCCGAAGAGGAUAUCAAGAUCCUUAAUAUUGAUAUAGCCUAAGUGUGUGUAUAUAUAACUCGAUAAUAGUUAACUUGAGUAUAAUGUCGUCUUUGAGUUAAGAGCUUGAGACUGAAUAAUAGCCGAUACCUACAUAUAACACUAGUUAUUUUAAAGAAUAGUGUAUUACAAGAUAAAAAUGAAGAAAAUAAGAUACGAUAUUAUUAUAUAAAUCUCAUAAAUGAGGAAUUAUUAGCUUUACAGGUAUAUAUUGCAGCUCCAGUGGC